AGAAGGGUCUAGGCCCAAAACAUCAGCCUUCCUACACCUCUGAUUCUGCUUGGCCUGCUGUGUUCAUCCAGCUUCUCACUUUGUUAUCCCGUCAUUCCGCCCAGCUUUUGUGACGCCACGUUCGAUCCUUUGUGACGCCACGUUCGAUCCUUUGUGACGUUGCGUCCCUCUGAUGUCACAACGUUCGGUCCGGUCCUCGGGAUUGAGACGUGGCGUUCCAUUUCUCUUCCUCUUCGCCCGAAUCGAACCGAUCCGGCCCGGCCCUGUCCUGCCAUGGCCACGGCCACAAUACCGGAGCUGCAGGCGAAAAUCCGAGCUCUUGAAGACGAGCUGGCGGCGGAAAGGGCCGAAAAAGCCGGUUCGGGGGAGCAGUCGUGUCGGCGCCGCAAGAUAGAGAAGAUGAGCGCGGAGGUGGUCGAUUCCAACCCUUACAGUCGGCUGAUGGCUCUCAAACGGAUGGGAAUUGUUACAGAUUAUGAGAAAAUUCGGGAGUUUGCAGUGGCAGUUGUGGGUGUCGGUGGAGUCGGAAGUGUGACAGCUGAAAUGUUGACAAGAUGUGGCAUUGGUAAGCUUUUACUCUUUGACUAUGACAAGGUCGAACUGGCAAAUAUGAACCGACUUUUCUUUCAGCCUCACCAAGCCGGCCUCAGUAAAGUGGAAGCAGCUAAACAUACCCUGAGGAACAUUAACCCUGACGUUCAGUUUGAAACACACAACUACAACGUCACUACAAUGGACAACUUUCAGCAUUUUAUGGAUCGCAUCAGGAAUGGUGGGUUGCAGGAAGGAAGGCCUGUGGACUUGUUACUGAGCUGUGUGGACAACUUUGAAGCCCGUAUGGCAAUCAACACAGCGUGCAACGAACUUGCUCAGGUGUGGAUGGAGUCCGGGGUCAGUGAGAACGCAGUGUCUGGACACAUCCAGCUUGUUAUCCCGGGAGAGACAGCCUGUUUUGCAUGUGCCCCCCCACUCGUGGUGGCUGCGAAUGUUGAUGAGAGAACGCUGAAACGUGAAGGGGUGUGCGCGGCCAGUCUACCCACAACCAUGGGUGUCGUAGCUGGACUGCUUGUACAAAAUGUCCUCAAAUAUCUUUUAGGCUUUGGUUCUGUGAGUUACUACUUGGGCUAUAACGCAAUGCAAGACUUCUUUCCGACAAUGGCAAUGAGACCAAAUCCUAACUGCGAUGAUCAAAGCUGCCAGCUCCGACAGGAAGAGUAUAAGAAGAAAGAAGCAACAGUUCCAAAGCAACAGUUACUAGAAGAGGAUGAAGAGAUUGUACAUGAGGAGAACAACUGGGGGAUUGAGCUAGUUUCUGAGAUAUCAGAGGAAGAACUGAAAGCUGCAUCUGGCCCUGUGCCUGACCUUCCGGUGGGAAUCACAGUUGCAUACACUGUGCCUGAUAAGCAGGAGGAGGGCAUUGAUAACAUUGGAGAAAUGGUGCAAGAGACGGAGCAGAGUCUGGAGGAGCUCAUGGCUGUGAUGAAACGCCUUUAACAUCUUCAGUACAAUAGAGUUCUUCCAUAUGAUGGAAAUAAUUCAGACAUUUUUCAACAUGAAGACCAUAGUGGUGAUGGCCAUGCCUCUGAGCCAGGAGUCCUGGAUUCAUGACCCACCUGCUCCAGAGACACAUGUAAUAACAUUUCUCACCAACCUGUUCAGAAGAUAUCUAACACAAAGACCUUAUUUCACACAGCUGACUCAUGCAAGUCACUGUCAUCGGUUGCAGUAAAACAUGGUGGUUCCAUUACAUUUAAGUAAUUUUUUAACUGAGCUAUUAUGCAUUGUCAUCUCUUUGUACUCCUCCAGAGCUACUGUGUGGAAAUGAAUGACUGUAUAUAAUUAAACAAUAUGAAAACUUAA